AUGGGCGACCUAGAUGGAGCACCAACACAAGCCGAGAUCAAUGCUCAGCUGUUGGCUAACCAUGCUGAACUCCAAGCCGCACUGGCUACGGUGACUGAGCAGCUGGCUCAGAUAGCCGGGAGAAACCGAGCUAAUGCUCCACAGCCAAGGAGGAGAAACCAACCCAUUCCAGAAGAGCAACAAUCCCAAUCCAGUGAGGACAACUCAGACACUGACCGUACCGAACCGGACGAGCCGCGGUAUGAACGGGCUGGGCGUGGGAACCGGCGGGAGUAUCGGGUCCAAGGCGAUGGUAGCCCGAUCCGUAGGAGAUUCCGAGAUGAGGAGGUCGCUUGGCAAGGGGGCAAGGAUCUCAAACUUACUCCACCAACCUUUGCUGGAAAGGUUGACCCGGACGCCUACAUUGAAUGGGAGAAGCGCAUGGAGUACAUCUUUGAGUACUACCGCUAUACCGAUGCCAAGAAGAUCGCCCUAGCCGCAGCCCAACUGACGGACAAUGCCCUAACUUGGUGGGACAGGGAAGUAGCCGAGGUUGGCCGGGUCUAUAGGAUCGAGACUUGGAAUGAGAUGCGAGCUAAACUCCGAGCAAGGUAUAUUCCCUCUUACUAUCAGCGGGACUUACUAAAACGUUUCCGCAAGUUGUCUCAGGGUAUUAUGACCGUGGAAGAAUACUUUGAAGAGUUCGAGGCUCUCAAGAACAAGCUCAGGACGCGCAAAACCGAAGAAGUUAUGAUGGCACAGUUCUUGGAAGGUCUUCAAGACCGCAUCGCUCGCAAGGUGGAGAGGCAGACUUACGUCAACUUCAACGACCUCCUCCACUAUGCCGUCCAGGCCGAGCAGCACAUUAGGAGGAAGAACGCCUCUAGUGCCAGGAACAAGACGCCAUGGGCUCCAUCCGGAUCCAAAGGAGCUGAGAAAAACAAGUCCGUUGAAGUGGAAAGUCGGUUCAAGAAGAACCAGUCCGAUCAGUCCAAACCCGGCUCAUCCGAACCAGGUAAGGGACAAACUCCAGCCCAAAGAACCCGUGAUAUUACUUGUUUCAAAUGUCAGGGAAAGGGGCACUACGCCAGGGACUGUCCGAACAAGCGUGUCAUGAACCUUAAGGCGGACGGCGAGUAUGAGUCCCAAGACGAGGUCGAUGUAGGGUCGGCUGAAUCAGAAGAUGAGAUAGUGGAGUAUGCUGAGACUUGUGAGCUACUGGUGGUCAGACGAGCUCUCAGUGCUCUCUUUGAUCCAGAGACCGUCCAACGAGAGAACAUCUUCCAUACGAGGUGUAGCGUGGAGGGCAAGGUAUGUAGUCUAAUUAUUGAUGGUGGCUCUUGCACUAAUGUGGCCAGCAGGUACCUUGUUGACAAGUUAGGGCUAGCAAAGUCGCCACACCCCAGGCCAUACAAGCUUAAAUGGCUCAAUGAUGAGACGAAGCUUAAAAUCUUGGAGCAAGUUGUUGUGCCCUUUUGUAUUGGUAAGUACCAGGACCAGGUGAAGUGUGAUGUGGUUCCUAUGCAAGCCGGACAUCUGCUGUUAGGGAGGCCUUGGCAGUUUGACAAGGAUACCAUUCACCAUGGAAGGACUAACACCUACAGCUUCACCCACAACAACAAGAAGCACAGCCUGGCUCCUCUCAGCCCCCAAGAGGUCUACGAAAUGCAGAGAGCCAUGGACCAGUCUGGGCUGUUUAGUAAAACCAACCUUUUCAUCUCUUCUAGUUUUGAGGCACCAGAUUGCCCAGCUGAGAUGCAAGUGCUAAUGGACAAGUACAAGGACGUAUUUCCUGAGGAGAUACCAGCCGGCUUACCACCCCUCUGA